UUACAUAUUCUAAUAUUCUCCACCUUCUGCAAUUUUACUCAAUCAUCAUUCUCUAUUCAAUGGUUCUCAAUUAUCUCUUCAUGAUCAUUACAAAGUUCCAAUUUUCAUAACUCUGUACACACUAAUUUUCAAGCAAAAACAUCCUUGUGAAAAUGUCAGAAUCCAAGGAAGAAAAUCAUGACCUUCCUCCCAAGUCAAAGCCACUGGAGGAACAUGGGUUUGCCAUGGAUUUUGACAUUGGCCUUGAAAGUCCAUGGCCCUUGGAUCAUGUCUCUUUGGUCUCCAACCCCAUGUCUCCUUUUCUCCUAUCCACUAUCUCUGAACAACCUUUUUCUCCUGUCUGGGCUUUUUCUGAUGUUGAAGAUGACAGACAAAUCAGGAUUGCAGCUUCAGGUAAUACAAAUACAACGAAUGAAAAUCCAGUUGAAAAUGAUGCCAACAAAAAAACUGUGUCACCCCUUGUAGCUCUUCCACCUUCAGAAAAUCCAGAUGGCUAUUGUCUAAUCAAGGAAAGAAUGACACAAGCGCUUCGCCACUUCAAAGAGUUGACUGAACAGAAUGUUCUUGCUCAGGUUUGGGCACCUGUGAGGAAUGGCAACCGCUAUGCACUUACAACUUCAGGCCAACCAUUUGUGCUUGAUCCACAUAGUAAUGGACUCCACCAGUACAGAACAGUCUCCUUGAUGUAUAUGUUUUCUGUGGAUGGGGAGAAUGAUGAAAUCCAAGGCCUUCCCGGUCGAGUUUUUCAGCACAAAAUUCCAGAAUGGACUCCCAAUGUUCAGUAUUAUUCCAGCAAGGAGUAUCAGCGCCUAAAUCACGCACAACAUUACAAUGUUCGUGGAACCUUAGCUCUACCUGUGUUUGAGCCUGCUGGACAGUCAUGUGUGGCUGUACUGGAGUUGAUAAUGACUUCACAGAAGAUUAACUAUGCUCCUGAGGUUGAUAAAAUCUGCAAAGCCCUUGAGGCAGUUAAUUUGAGGAGUUCAGAAAUUCUGGAGCAUCCAUACAAUCAGAUUUGUAAUGAAGACCGCCAAUACGCGUUAGCUGAGAUUUUGGAGAUAUUGACAGUUGUCUGUGAAACUCAUAGCUUGCCUCUGGCGCAAACGUGGGUUCCAUGUAAGCAUCGGAGUGUUUUGGCACAUGGUGGUGGUGUUAAGAAAAGUUGCUCAAGUUUUGAUGGCUGUUGCAUGGGGCAAGUCUGCAUGUCUAUAACUGAGGUAGCAUUCUAUGUAAUAGAUGCUCGUACAUGGGGUUUCCAUGAGGCCUGUGUUGAGCAUCACUUACAACAAGGUCAAGGGGUUGCUGGGAGGGCAUUUUUGUCCCACAAAAUGUGCUUCUGUGGAAACAUUACCCAAUUCUGCAAAACUGAAUAUCCUUUAGUACAUUAUGCUAUCAUGUUUGGUUUAACCAGCUGUUUUGCAGUGUGCUUACAAAGUUCUCACACAGGAAAUGAUGAGUAUGUGCUAGAGUUUUUUCUGCCUCCUAUGAUCACGGACUUUAAUGAACAAAAGAGUUUGUUAGGAUCCAUAUUGGCUACAAUGAAGCCACAUUUUCAGAGUUUUAAGAUUGCUGCUGGUGUUGAACUCGAGGAGAAUGGUUCAGUUGAAAUUGUAGAAGCAAUAAAUGAAAGAGUUCAUUUGAGGUUUGAAUCCAUUCCAAUUACUCAAUCUUCAAAGUCACCACCUAGACAUGCCUUACCAAAUAUGGGGGAGGCGUUACCACCGGAGCCAUCAGAACAGCAAAUAAUGGCAUACUGCGAUGACAUAAAUGAUGGAGGGAGCCUUGGUGAUAAUGCAGGUGGACACAUUGAUCAAAACACUCUCUUAGAGACCAAAACCAAAAAAAAACCCUCAGAGAGAAAACGUGGAAAAGCCGAGAAAUCAAUUAGUCUUGAUAUUUUGCAACAUUACUUCACAGGAAGCCUUAAGGAUGCUGCAAAGAGCCUUGGUGUUUGCCCUACUACAAUGAAGCGAAUCUGUAGGCAGCAUGGGAUAUCACGUUGGCCAUCUCGAAAGAUCAAAAAGGUUAACCGUUCCCUGUCCAAGCUCAAGUGUGUUAUUGAAUCAGUCCAUGGUGCUGAAGGAGCAUUUGGUUUAAAUUCUCUAAGUACAAGUUCACUUCCCAUUGCUGCUGGUUCCUUUUCUGAGCCUUCCACCUCAAACAAGUUCAACUGCCAAAACUCGUUGACUAUUAGGCCAUCAGAGCCUAAGACGGAUGAAAAUGAUUUUGAUGCUUCUAGAGCAUCAGAAACCAACAGACAAAUUGAGAUGGGAGAACAAUUCCUUGGAGCAAGGACACAAAGUCCUGAGAAACUGAUUAAUGAUAAAGUUGGUACCAUUCAGGAGAUUGGCACUAAAGGCUCAAACAAAUUGAGAACUGGGAGUGGCUCAAGUGAAGGCAGUGCAAAUCCUACUCCUCAUGGUUCAUGCCAAGGAAGCCCCCCAAAUGAAAUUUCACCUACAAAAGAUAUAUUCAUAGCAGGCAACAAUGAGCAAUGUCUUGUGUUAAGGGGAUCACUGGAAUCAACACUGCUCUCAACUAGAACUAGUACACCAAACCGCCCAACUGCAUACCCUAUGCCUAACAUUGUGGACACAACAGAACCUCAAGUGCCAUUUGUAGGACAGCUACUUGAGGGUGCUGGUAGUUCUAAGGACUUGAGAAACCUAUGUCCUUCAGCAGAUGCUGUUUUGGAGGAUCAGGUUCCAGAAGCUUGCAGGAUGAAUCCUCAACGUUCUGAUUUGGCUCCUAUGCAACACAUGAAUACUCUUUAUAACAAUGUGCCACCUUUUCCAGUUAGGAAAGGGGUGAAGAGUGUGACUAUUAAGGCAACAUAUAAAGAAGAUAUCAUAAGGUUUAAGGUCUCUUUGGACUGUGGUAUUGUGGAAUUAAAAGAGGAAAUCGCCAAGAGAUUGAAACUAGAGGUGGUGACAUUUGAUAUCAAGUAUCUGGAUGAUGAUCAUGAAUGGGUUUUGAUAGCAUGUGAUGCAGACCUGCUGGAGUGCAUGGACAUUUCAAGUUCAUCUGGCAGCAACAUAAUCAGGCUUGUGGUGCAUGAUAUACUGUCCAUUCUUGGAAGCUCAUGUGAGAGCUCAGGAGAUUGGAAAGGUUGUAUAUAGUUUGGUUUGUAUCAAUUAUUUAGAUUCUUGUAGCAAGUGAUAGUCUUUUUUCAAAAAAGUGAAGAAAAAAAAGUUUUAGAUUUGCACAA